AUGGCGUCAUCCGGUGAUAAUGCCAGAGUAAAGGUUUGUUAACUUUCUGGUAGAAUAAGCCUUAGCUUUCUUUCUCUUUUAAUUGAAAAUACUGCAUUUUUUUUUGUUCCCUGAAGGGUGUCACAGUCAUAAAACCUGUAAUAUUUGGAAAUGUGUCUCAUUACUUUGGAAAGAAACGUGAAAGCGACGGCCACACUCAUGGUUGGACAGUUUUUCUUCGCCCUUUCAAAAACGAGGUUCGUACGUCUGCCAAAUUUCUCGCCAGUGGCUCUGAAAAGGCAGUUGAUUAUAUCUCAAAUAGAACUAUGGAAGUAUUGAAAAUAAAAUUACAUCUCAAGAAGAAUAAUCGAAGUAUUCAAAAUGUGGUUGUUUUUUAUAGGACAUGUCCAGCUAUGUAAAGAAAGUCCACUUCAAACUUCAUGAAAGUUAUGCUAAUCCCUUAAGAGGUAAGAAAUUCGAAGGAUAAUGGCGAGAUUAUAAGAGAAAGAUAAACAAAGAGACAGUCAAUGACCGACUGAUAAACAGAGGUAGACCUGUAGACAGAUACACUGCUGACAUACAGAGGGUCACAGAUAGACAGACGGUUAAACAAACCACAAAUUAGAAGAAUUGAUGACGCUAUGAAGGUUGAUGUAACAGGAAGACAGAGUAUAAGAUGGACAGACAGAUACAUAAACAAAAGAAACAUGUUGACAGAUACAUAAAUCAAAGCAGUAAGAUUUCCAUACAGCCCCAUACUAUUAUUACCGCGUGAGAUUCGUUCUAUUACAGAUCUAGGGAUUUUUAAGUGCCAUUUGAAAAUGCACCUUUUUAAGGAAGCUUUUUAUUAAUUUUUAUCACGAAAAUUACUAGUAUCUUAACAUCUAUUGUAUAUUUUAAUUUUAUCAUAGUAUAUUUUAAAUAAUUAUUAGUUAGAUACCCUGUAUUAAAUUAAGGAAGCUUUUUAUUCAUUUUUAUCACGAUAAUUACUAGUAUCUUAACAUAUGUUUUAUAUUUUAAAUAAUUAUCAGUUAGAUACCUUGUAUUAAAUUGCUAUAGAUAGAAAUCAUGUAAUGCAUGCUUGAUCAUUUCAUGGAAAGCAUGCAAUAUAAGAGUUAAAUUAUUAUAUUAUUAUUAUUAUUGUCAAACAAAGUCAUAAUCCUAAAGACAAUUUAUUGUUUUUGCUACAUGUUGAUGGAUACAUAAAUCAAAGCAGUAAGAUUUCCAUACAGCCCCAUACUAUUGUCAAACAAAGUCAUAAUCUCAAAGACAAUUUAUUGUUUUCUUUAUCCAAGAACUGUAUGCAUGAUAAAGUAUAGGGCUGUGUGGAAAUCUUACCAUCAAAGCUGUAUAGAUUCACAACUGGACAGAGAGAUGUAACAACACACAGAUACUCAGAGUUCAAAAUAAUUUUUCAGCUUUUAGUGUAAAUUUGUAGGCUUUUGUUGAGGCUUUUUUUUUCCCUGCUGCCAAUAACAAAUGAGCUGUCAGCACAUGUAUUACUCUCUUCCUUGAGAAACCUUUUCUUAUUUAAAUGUAUAUGGUGUACAUAUAGUAUACUUAUACUUGUUUACAUUUCCAAAAAACUUUUAAAACAUUUCUUGGCUGCUUUAUCACCUGAUAUGAGAUAUUCACCAUAACAUGACAGCAGCUUUUACCUCAGUUGGACAAUCAAUUAGCAUAAUAUUCUUUGUAAAACUCUAGCUCUUCUGUGAAAAAUCACUCAUAUUCUCCAUACUGUUCUCUGUACAUUUACUAAGGUGCUGACAAGGAGAAUUUGUCUAACAAUCAGGAGUUUCUUUAGUUGGGGAUCAUUUCCUUUAUUCUCAUGACAUUAAUGUGUAAUUCAGUGGUAAUACUUGUAAGGAGAAAUUAGAUUCUAGUCACCAUUAGGGGUUAAGGGGUUAAAUUCUUCCCCAUUUUGUUAUAAAUACUUAAAUUGAAGAAGCGUUUAUCUUUUUAGCAAUUUGAUUUGAUAGUUUUUUUCUUUUUGUUAGGCUUUAGAAUUAGAGGAGGGGAUAAAGAGCUUUUAUGUGAUAGUUGAUUAACCUUUACGCCCUAACAUCAGUAUGCAUAUUCUCCAUACUGUUCUCUAAAUAUUUCCUAAGGUGCUGACAAGGAGAAUUUUUUUAACAAUCGAGAGCUUCUUGAGUUGGUGAUCAUUUCCUUUAUUCUGAUGAUUUUACAUGAAUGAUUCAGCAGUAUUAUUCUAAGGAGAAACUAGAUGUUGGUCACUCUCAGGGUUUAAAGGGUUAAGGCUCAAACUGAUUUGUGGUGCAAGAAUUUACAUGAAUUUUUUCUCUCAUUUUGUGAAAACUGCAAGAUUUCCCAGAGACCUUGUACAUAGGAAGAGAGAUUUGAAGUUUUCCCUUUUAAAUUUGCUAUGCAUGAAAUAUUGUUAUGUUUUUAUACACAGUGGUUACAAAGCCUCCAUAUGAAGUGAACGAGUCAGGUUGGGGAGAAUUUGAAAUACAGAUCAAAAUAUUUUUUAUGGACCAAAGUGAAAGACCGGUUAGUACACUUUCUAUGUAGACCUCAAAGUGUUUACAAAACUGUAGCUUCUAAAAUAAUGAUCUGUCUUGUUAAAUCUUCUCGAAAUGUCACUAAUUCUUAUAUCAUUGCACAUUUAUGCAUAAUUAUACACAUUUACACCUGCAUCACUAAUAGGAGGUUGGGUGUCUGAAACAUCCAGGAGUGGUUCAUGGUUUCUCUGCAUCGCAUUUAAUCAACACAUCAAAGAACAUUUUGUAAAUCAUUUUUGUUUAAUGCCUACAUUUUGUAUGAAGUUUCUUCUGGUGUUUAGUUUCAGAGUUAAAAAAUGUUUGUGUUGUGAUUUUUUUUUUCUGCAGGUUACAUUUUAUCACCUUUUGAAGCUUUUCCAAACAGAAUCUGCACUUGCCUCUGGAAAAAAACAAUUGGUUUCUGAGUUCUAUGAUGAAGUUGUAAGUAGGACAUAUGUGUUUGGCUAUGUUUUUCUCUUCCAAUUGGUUGAAUGUCUUAAUCCAUGUAUUUCUGUAGAUUUUCCAGGACCCCACACAGAUGAUGCAUCAAUGUUUACUCAGUGCAAGACAGUUACAACCCAUAAAACACGAGUCUGACUGUAAGAACUUUUUUUGAAUUUUUCCAAUUUUUUUAGUUUUUUUUUUUUAUUUUUUAAGAAUGGGAAGUAAUAUAUGGAGUAGAGUUGUUUUUUCUUACCUCUCUGAGACGAAUGAAGAAAGACAAAAUUUUUUGCCAAAUAAAAUACCCGGUAGAUAAUACUGCAGUGGAAAUUGAAUUAAGCAGGGUGAUCACUAAAUACAGGUUGACUGCUUAAUGCAAGUUCCGCCAAAUAGAGUUGUUAUAAAAAGGAAAAGAAUAAAUUAAAAAAUGCCAUGUGAUUCCAUAAUGUACAAAACCUUGCUUCAAAAAGACUACUUAGUAAUGUUGAUUUUGGGAGAUGAACAUGGAUUAGUGUUUAUUCGAAAGAUUAGUCUUAGUUAUAUUAGAGUGGUUUCACUUGAAGUGACCGUUUAACCCUUGAACUCCCAUGAGUGACCAAGACAGAAUUUCUCCUAACAAUAUCAAUACAAUAUCAACCAGAUAAGUGAUGAGAAUAAAGAAAAAUAUCAAUUUAUAGAAAAUUAGUUGAUCCAAUACUAAAUUCUCUGAAAUAACAUUAUAUGAAUUGUAUGGUUGACAUUGAGGAGAAUUACAACUUUGAUCUGGGAGUUAAAGGGUUGAUACAUGAAGGAAGACAAAACAAAUAGACCAUUAGGACUCAGUAAAGGGUGACAACACCACUCAUUAGAGGUGAAAAUUAUUACCGACAGUAUCUCAGAGGAAAAGACUUCAGGACUUUGACAACAGACCACUCAAUAUGGGGUGACUGCUUGAUAUGUUGCAGCAUAAUACAGGCUUGAAUGUACUAGUUUGACUUAUAUGCAUUCCAUCCGAAUUAACCCUUUACACCCCAACAUCGCCAUGCAUAUUCUCUGUCCUGUUCUCUAUACAUUUCCUUAAGUACUGACAAGGAGAAUUUGUUCAACAAUCAAGAGCUUCUUUAGUUUGUGAUCAUUUCCUUUGUUCUUGCAACGGUAAUGUGUGAUUCAGGGGUGAUAUUGUAAGGAGAAAGUAGAUGUAGUCACUUGCAGGGGUUAAAAGGUUUAAGACCAGAACACAUUUAUGGAUUGGCUUAACUUUUAAUAAAUGUUCUGUUCAGCAUAGGUAAAUAUGGUAAGGCAGAUUAACUUGCUGUUUUGCUUUUUUGAGCGGCAUAAAAUUGAAAUUACAGGGUACUUUAUCCUUUCACUCCCACAAGUGACCAAGUUAGAAUUUUUCCUUACAAUAUCAAAUACAAUAUCUGGACAGCAAGCACUGGCAACAAAGAAAAAUAUCAAUCAUGGGAUUACCAUCUGGUUCUAUACUAAAUUCAAGAACAAAAAUUGUUAACAAUGUGUUGCAGACAGUCAGGAGAAUCAGUAAAGAGAUCUUGUGAGUGAAAGGGUUGAUUAAAAUUCAACUAAGACAUUUAGUCAUCAAUCAUAUUACAGCGUGAUAACUCAGAAUUUUCAUUCCGAUAAAAAUUCUGGAUACUCAUUCUCAAUAUUGUUUUGCGGGAAUAUCUGUUGAUACUUCAGACAUGAUAUUCAAUAAUCUGGGAUUUUGUCUUUUUCUGCAUUAUAGGGGCUGAAAUUGAACAGAGAACUACAGCUUCUAUAGGUGCUGCUCGUCAAAAGAUUGGCAAAGAAAUCAGUGAGUUGAAUGAAAAAUUGAAAGUGUGCAAAGAUGCUAUCCAACAAAUGAAGGCUGAAAUAGCAAAGCUUGAACAACAAGAAAUUGAGGGACCAGAACAGAGUAUAGCACCAACUGUUGUACAAUGAGAGAAUCAAGACUAGUGCUCUCUUCAGCAAGCUCUUAAGCAUUGGUUUUUGCAAAUAAUCAGGGUGUUUGUGAAAGUUUAGUGUCACAGAUUCAUAGGUACUUCUUGUUUUGGUUAUAAUAGCCUACUUGAGAGGGGCUUUGCCCAUUAUAUGGUACGUGGUAAAGAUCUGGUGAAGUCAGAAGUGGAUAUGUAAAUAGUGAAAACUGUAAUGAACAACUUUUGAGUUCUGAGGUGCAAUGUACACCCCAAUGCAUGUUUUGCUAUUAUGAUGUAAAUAAUAUAUAUUGACUGGA